AUGGUCCUGUUGAGUACCAUUAUACAAAUCACUUACAAUAGCAUCAUUGGCGACAGUCUGUACUACCUGUUUGCUUCCUUCCAAUCACCCCUGCCGUGGGCAGAUUGCUUCAGUUGGUGGGGAGCAGAUGAAACAUGCAGCAGGACUCCCAAAGACCCACUCUGCAAUCUCACUCUGAAUGAUGGAUAUUUUACAAUUGUUAAUACAACAUGGCUGCAGGCAAACAACAAAACUUGUCUAAAUGGAUCCGAAAUCUCCAUUCCUCACCAGGGUCCGAGUGAGCAAUACUGGGAUAAAGUGGUUUUACGCCGUACAAGUUCAAUGGAUGAGACUGGGGAGAUAGUCUGGUAUUUAGCCCUCUGUCUGCUUCUGGCCUGGCUAAUAAUUGGAGGAGCGUUAUCCAAAGGAAUCAAAUCUUCAGGAAAGGUGGUUUAUUUCACUGCGACAUUACCUUAUGUGAUUCUGACCGUACUCCUGAUCCGAGGGCUUACCCUGGAGGGAGCCUCUAAAGGAAUUGAGUUCUAUAUCGGAAGCCAUUCAGACUUCUCCACAUUGGCAGACGCUCAGGUCUGGAAAGAUGCUGCGAUACAAAUUUUCUUUUCUUUGUCAGUGGGUUCUGGAACUUUAAUAGCACUGUCAUCCUACAACAAAUUCCACAACAAUUGUUACCAAGACGCCAUUGUUGUCUGUGUUGUUAAUUGUGGUACGAGUGUGUUUGCUGGAUUUGUCAUCUUCUCCAUCCUUGGGCAUAUGGCUCAUGUCCAAGGCAAACCUGUUUCUGAGGUUGCCCAGUCAGGUUUUGGUUUGGCUUUCAUGGCGUAUCCGGAGAUUGCUGCACAGUUGCCGUGGGCACCUUUAUGGUCCAUUUUAUUUUUCCUCAUGCUGGCCACAUUGGCAAUCGACACUCUGUUUGCAGCUUUAGAAAAACUCAUAACAGUUUUGCUGGACAGGUUUCCAAAAUAUCUACGAUCAAAGCGCUUCGCUCUGACAUGUGGUAUUUGCGUGUUGUUUUAUUUGUUUGGCCUUGUGAGUGUAACACAGGCUGGAAUUUACUGGAUACAUUUAAUUGAUCAUUUCUGUGUUGGAUGGGUCCCCAUUAUAAUAACACUGCUGGAACUCAUGGGUGUAAGCUGGCUGUAUGAGAUAAACAGAUUCAUCAAGGACAUUGAGAUGAUGAUUGGGGAAAGAAAUUGGCUCUUCUGGCUGUGGUGGAGAGCAUGCUGGUUUCUUAUCACCCCGUGUUUGAUGGCAGUUCUCUUGAUUUGGUCCUUGACAACAUUGGCCCCACCAACAUAUGGACCUGUUGAAUAUCCUGUCUGGGCAAUAGCACUGGGUUGGUGUAUGGUCAUCUUCUGUAUAAUGUGGGUCCCCAUUGUGGCCGUGGUGAGAGUUGUCCAAGCUGAGGGCUCCACCUUGUGGCAGAAGGUAUCUGCUGCUUGUGCAUCAGCCCCUGAUUGGGGUCCAUACUUGGAACAACACAGAGGGGAAAGAUACAGGAAAAGGCCCGAUUCAACAGAAGUUUCUCAUGGGGUACAGCUUCUAGCCACUCACCCAAAAUGUGAAACUUUACAGUAAAAGUUUAUUUUCAAUUUGUAAACAAUUGUCUUAAAAUAAACCACCAUUCUAGUGUA